AUGUUUCUUCAAGCUCUGUCAGUAUUAGGACUUCUGGUUACCCGUAGUCUGUCAGCCAAUUCAACAUAUCACAAUCCUAUGCUGCCAGGGUUCCACCCUGAUCCUAGUUGUAUUUUUGUUCCUGACUGGGAAAAUACGUUCUUCUGUGCUUCUUCAAGUUUUCUGGUGUUUCCUGGAAUUCCUAUACACGCAAGCCGUGAUUUGAGGUCCUGGAAGCUGAUAAGUAAUGCCCUAAAUAGACCAGAGCAGCUGCCAGGAUUGAAUACCGCGAAAAGAGCAACAAGUGGGAUCUGGGCGCCAACAUUGAGAUAUCGAGAUGGGACGUUCUAUUUGGUCACGACUCUGGUCUAUGAUGACUAUCCGCAGAAUGCCAGCAAUAGAUUCGACAACUUUGUGAUUACCACCACUAAUCCAUACAACUCUUCUGCAUGGUCCCAGCCUGCCCACUUCAAUUUCUCCGGCUACGAUACUUCGCCGUUCUGGGAUGAUGAUGGCCAAGUGUAUGUGACAGGAACGCAUGCUUGGCAGAUCCAGCCUGGGAUUCAAGCAUUUACACUUGACAUUGAAACCGGAAGCGUCGGAGAGAUCAUCAACAUUUGGAAUGGAACUGGGGGCAGUUCGCCCGAAGGUCCUCAUAUCUAUCGCAAAGACGGAUACUUCUAUCUCAUGAUCGCAGAAGGUGGCACCGGAUCAGGUCACAUGGCUACGAUCGCCAGGUCUCAAAACAUCCUCGGUCCUUACGAUUCUAAUCCCCAUAAUCCAGUUUUGACUGCAGUCAAUAGCACGAGAUAUUUUCAAGAUGUGGGUCAUGCUGAUCUAUUUCAGGAUGGCGACGACAACUGGUGGGCUGUCGCGCUUUCAGUGAGGCAAGCCCCGGAUGGCAGCUAUCCUAUGGGAAGAGAAACGACCUUGACUCCUGUUACGUGGGAAGAAGGACAAUGGCCAGUCUUUACGAAUGUCACAGGACACAUGAACGGUUGGCAUCUUGACAACGACCUUCCUGUGGCAGGUGGAGAAGGAUCUUUGGUGAACUCAAGCGAACAUCUAAACUUCGGAGCGAACUCUUCAUUCCCACUAGAACUGGUGCAUUGGCGCUUCCCAAUUGACUCCAGCUACGUUAUCUCACCACCAGGUCACAACAACACGCUUCAGCUUACUUCGUCCAUUGCGAAUCUAACAGGUAGUGAUGGCCGAUCUGCUGAGUCUCUUGGUCAAACAUUUAUUGGCCAUCGCCAAACCCAUACCUGCUUCACAUUUAGCUCCACCUUCGAUGUAACAUCUGUUCAAGCUGAGGAAGAAGAGGUCGGAGUGACAGUAUUUCUGGAUCAACUCCACCAUUAUGACCUCGGAAUCGUCAUGCUUCCCAACCAAACCACGAAUUCUUCCACUCUAUCACCAUACUUCCGAGUCCGCGGCAUCACGACUGUUCCAGCUUUCCUAUCUUCUGAUAUCGCUGUCGCUCCUGUGCCGGCAGCAUGGGUGUCUAGCCACCUUACCUUCGAGAUUAGAGCGUCCAACAUGACCCAUUAUACAUUAUCGGUUGGACCAGCUGGGAAGCAGAGCCAGGUGAUGGAUAUUGGGUUCGCGCCUGGGCUUGGAUUGACUUGGGGUUUCACUGGUGCUCUCCUUGGUGUAUAUGCAACGACGAAUGGGGCAACUGGACAAUUUCAAACGUAUAUCUCUGAUUGGAAGUAUGAAGGACUGGGGCAAGUGAUUGAAUAAGCGCGGAGCACAUAUCUAAAUAAUUGCUUGAUCUUCCUGACAAAUUAUCAAACAACUAGUUGCAGUGACUGCCAUGCUGGUGGAAAGAAGGAUUACUACAAAAAAUCUAAUUGGGC